GGAGGCGGCGGCGGCGGCCGGUGGGCGGGGCUGAGUACAGGUGCCAAGUUUUUAAAGAAAGAGCUUUGUAGUUUUUUGUUCUGUGAGAUCUUCUGGAGACCCGCAGAGGAGGAAGGAUGAGAGUCUGAUGAGUUCUAAUCUGUGCGAGGAAAAGGCUACACAAUGGAGGUUUCAGAGUACAGUCCCCAGCGCCACUCCCUGCUGGACGCCAUCCAGAAAUUCAACACUGCCACGACCAUCAUGGAUGAAACCAUUAUGGUUCCCAGCAUGCUCCAGGACAUAACCCCUGCCAAGGAGGAAAAUGGAGACAACAUGAAUUCCAAAGAUGUCGUAGAAAACAGGAACCUGUACGACUCCUACCUUCUCCUGAAAUCUCUAAGGCAUGACAUGAAGUGGGGUGUUCACUCCGAAAACCAAAUUGUGGAAAAACGCUGCGCUGAGACAGAGGACGCUCCAGAGCAAGAGACGGGAGACCUGGUGGACCAAUUUCAGCACCAUUUAAGGGGACUCCUGUCUGUCCUGACGAAGCUGACCAAAAAGGCCAACCUUUUGACCAACUGCUACAAGAAGGAAGUUGAAAUUGGAAACGCGACCAAUGGACCUUACUCAAAGAGUAUCUACUAUUGAACAAAAUGGCCAUAUAUGUAUUUCAGGGAGAUGGGUUUUUCUUUUUAUAGUGACUGUGUGUAAGUUAGUUGACAUGGAAUCCACUUUAAUCUGUAUGCACAGCUGCUACUUCAGCACAACCGGUCCAAAAUAUUUCCCAGCACAAAUGUCUUCAGGGCAAGUCCUAUCGCAUAUGGCUUCACUGGACGGCAUCCAUUGGGAUUCAGCAGACUAUGGUAGCUUGUAGAUGUACAAGUCAGACUUGAAUAGGUUUCCGGUAAACCUGUUUUCUUGCUUUUUUUUAUUGCCCGCGAGAAGGGCUCUGGCAGUAUGUAGUUCAGCUACUUUGUACAAUGUCUUGCCACGUUGGGGUGUGUCCUAGCUGUGUAUUCUCUCCUGCCCUUCCUUCGUACAGAUUGGAACGUGGAAACCCUGCCAAUUGGUAAACAUGAGAUGUGGCUUGUGUGUAUUUUGCUACAAGACUGAAGGCGAUAAAAACCUAAAGUUUAA